UGACUGUCAGGUCUGUGGGGAUUGGGGGAAGAGGGCGGUGGAGACAGAGGGGCUGUACAGGAAGGCCUUGACGCAGGACAGCAAAGGUGAGACCAACGUGAAGGAGAAGAGGCCUCUGUUGCAGACACCCUCUGGCCAACAGGCUUCCUUGGCAUCUCUGGCUUCCAAGAUGGUCCCCUGGUGGAGGUCUACUCAGCUGGUGGCAAAGGGACGAAAUCUAGCAACGGCAGCUGCCAGAGGGCACCACAGUGAUGGGUCAGGUCGGACAUGGAAGAUCUUGAGCUUUGUGGUGGCGCUUCCUGGCGUGGCUAUCUGCAUGCUGAAUGCCUACCUGCAAAGCACGAACCACCCACACGAACCCCCGGAGUUCAUUCCGUAUCACCACCUGCGCCUCCGAACGAAGCCUUUCCCUUGGGGUGAUGGAAACCACACCCUCUUCCACAACCCUCACACCAACCCCCUGCCCACAGGCUAUGAAGAGGCAGGUAGACACCACUGAGCCACUGCUGCGCCCUCUUUCUGCCACUGAGCAGAGGACAAUAGGUCCCUUUCUAUCUUCACCACCACGUUGGGACAGACCUCCUUACCUGAGGGCAAUAAAAACACAUCUCAAAGGA